UUUGCGUGGAGAUCUAUAAUGCCCGUACUUCCGGAAAGACAAAUUCCUGAUAAUUUUUCUUUUGAUUUAUGAAUAAAGUGCUAAAUGUACUGAUAAUAAUAAGCUGAUACAACAUUCUUCAUACUGGACGUAUAUUCAAGUACUCUUACUGACUGGAAGACAACCUGAUAAGUGUCAAAUCCCACAAAAAUGCAUGGAAGGUUAAAGGUGAAAACUACAGCAGAACAGCAGGAAGCAAAGAGAAAAGAAAGAGAGAAAAAGUUGAAACUUUACAAUGCUGGCACAAAAGCUGCAUUUAAAAAGAGAGAAAAUGGAGAAUAUGAUGAAGAAGGAUUGAAGAUAACAGGAGAAAUUCUUGCUGUUAACCCUGACUUCUAUACGUUAUGGAACUUUAGAAAAGAAAUAUUUGUUAAUUUCCUUCAGACAAGAGAAACAGACGAGGUUCAGAAGAUAAUGGAGAAUGAAUUAUAUUUCCUGGAGAGUUGUUUAAAGGUAAAUCCUAAAUCAUAUGGUACCUGGCACCACAGAACUUUUAUCAUGGAGAACAUGCCUAAACCAGACUGGGAUAGAGAACUACAACUGUGCAAUACUUUCUUAGAUUAUGAUGAAAGAAACUUCCAUUGUUGGGAUUACAGACGUUUUGUUGUAAUGAUGGCAGAAGUUAGCCUGGACGAUGAAUUAGCUUUUACUACACAAAAAAUAACCACAAAUUUCUCUAACUAUUCAUCCUGGCAUUACAGAAGUAAACUGUUACCCAUGUUACAUCCUGAUCCAACACAGCCAGCAUGGGUACAAGAAGAUGUCAUUUUAAAAGAAUUUGAAAUAGUUCAAAAUGCAGUAUUUACAGAUCCUGAUGAUCAAAGUGCUUGGUUUUAUCAUAGAUGGCUUCUAGGCAGAGGCAAGAAAAAGCAGCAGAUAAGUUGCAUUCAUGCUUCCAGAAAGACAAAAAGAAUUACAGUUUUAUUAACAAGACCAAUUAUGGUUGGAAGAGGGAACAGUUUAAUACUUAGUAUACAUGGAAAAUCUGUAGCUGGACAAUGGAAAACCCCAACAGGAAGUUCUUCAUUUAGUGUUUUAUGGAUAAAAGAUUUAACAGAAAGUAUACCAGAAGAGAAAGAGGUAUCUGUAUCAGUAACACUAAUUCCUGAUAUAGAUAAAGAUACCCAGUUUUCUCAAGGACUGCAAAUAGAUGCAGACCAAGAAGAGGCUUGGGUUAUGGCAGACUUUAAAUCAGGAUCACGUUUUAGUAAUGAAUUGAGUGCUGCUACAAGUUCCACAUUAGAAACUGAAUUAGAAUCCAUUAAAGAAUUACAUGGUGUAGAACCAGAUAAUAAAUGGGUACUUCUUACAAUGUUUUCACUAAUGAUGGCAAUAGAUAGAACACAUUCCAUGUACAAGUUAGAAAUAAGAGAAUGCAUAGACCAACUGAUACAAGUUGACCUGAAGAGAGAGGCUUAUUACAGAGAUACAAAAAGCAAAUUUAUCCUGCAGAGUAUAUUAGAAACUCAGGACAAAAAUGCAAGAGAAAUGACCCUGAAAGAUGAAGGACUUGCUGCACUUUACCACACAGAAUGGAUGUUACUGUUAACCUCAAUUGACCUUUCCAAUAAUGCUUUGUCCACAGUCAAGUCACUUUCAAAUCUUAGAUGCCUUAAGUGUUUAUGUCUAGAUAACAACCAUUUAAAAGAUUUAGAUGGAUUACAACACUGUCACCAGUUAUGUGAAUUAUCUGUUAAAAUAAAUGAUUUGAAUAGUGCAGAAGAUUUAUAUAUUCUAGAGAACAACAAAUGUUUAGUGAAGAUAAAUGUCUAUGGAAAUCCUUUGUGUCGAUACAAAGACCACACUACAAAGAUCAAGAAAAACAUUCCUUCCCUGCUUUCUAUAGAUGAUAAUAAAUGUACAUCAGCACCAUCAUAGUAUAUUGUAUUUUAAUUCAUGAAAGAAGGUUGAUUUUAUAAAACCAGAAUUAAGCCAUUCAAAUGUAAUGCUCUGUUUUUUUUCGAACUAUUUUAUAUUGAAACAGAUUUACGUGGGGAUAUUUGUUUUGAUCUCUAUUUAUUUAUACAUUUAUAGUACAUUAACAAAUUUUAAAUGUAGUUUAAAAAUGCAAGAUCCAAUCAAACUUAUGAAAUAAACAUAAACAUGGAGAGUCUAAUUGGCAAUCAUACCACAUCUUUCUUUUUAUAUAUAAUAUAUAUGAUAAAUGUGUGGGAAACAAAUUGUUAUCAAGUUGGCUUAAUUCAGAGAGAUUGUAUCAUUUAUUACUGAUUAUGAUUUAUACACAUGAUGUAUUUCUUGAUUGAACCACCAACCAAAAAAUUAGAAACCUAAUAAAACUAAAACAUUAUAUAAAUUGUAUGAAAAUGUUUGUUGGGGUCCUUAUUUUUUUUUUUUUCAGAUUUAGACUUGAAAUCUGAAAAACAAAACAUUAUAUUUUGAAUGGCCUUUGCAAUAUUGAUUUUCACCAUAUAUUACCACAAAGGCUGUUCAGAGAAAAUUGAUUGAACCUAUGUUUAUAUCCUUCCAAAGUCUUAUUUUGAGUAUACUCUAAAAUUGUACAAACUUUCAUUUAUUCACUUAUUUAAUCAGGAUCCUCACAUGUGACCUUUCACAUCUUUAGCACUGAACUUAUUUAAAGGCAACUUUUGUUCAUUUUAAAUGUAGAGUUAUUGUCACAAUAUAUAUUUUCUGGUUUAAAACAAAGGAAUCUUUAUCCUUAAUGUUCCAUGAAAAUGUAAAAGGUAUCCAUGAAUGGCACUUUAUAAAUUGGAUAACCACCUGUAGGGCCAAAUGAAAAUUUCACUAACAUCUCCACUAUGAAUGGUGACCCCAAACCAUAGUUGAGAUUUGAAAGUGCCUUUUCUGGGUCCCUUUAGUGAGGAACAUUAUUUUUUAGAAUCAAAUAAUCCAUCCAACAUUAAUUCAGAUAAUUGUAUGCACAUGUUCUGUUUUGAAAUAGAAAUAAUUCAUGUUAAUUGAUGACAUUAUACAUGUACAAUAGUUACUUUUGAAAUAGAAAUAAUUCAUGUUAAUUGAUGACAUUAUAUAUGUACAAUAGUUACUUGUGAAAUUUACCAUGAGAUAGAAAUUGUACUCCUUGUUUUGUUAAAAUCAUUACAAAAGAUAUAACCUAUUCAUGGUAUACUGUUCUGUGAGUUAUUGAAUUGAUUAUUUUUCAUGUAUCUCAUUCAAUAUGACAUUCAAAAGUUGGUUUUGAUGGAUAUUUUUAUGGGUAAUGCAGCUGGUGAAAAUUCAAAUAAUUUCUUGCUUAUCUCUAUAUUUCAUUUUGUACAGGUGUAUUCCUAUUACAAUGUUCUUUUGUCACUAUUGAGAGAAUAGUCUUAGACCUAAUCGGAUGUAAUUGCCCUCUCAAUUAAGUAAUACAUAUUUGAAAGUUAAUAUAUGUGAUGUUUUGGAUAUAUCUUAUUUUGAAACAUGAUUUAGAGGGAUUAAUAUACUACACACAUUCCUUUGCUCUUAAUUCCAUCUUUAAUUGUUAAUUAAUCAUGACAAUUUUUUUUAUCUUUCAUUGCUUAAUCAACCAUAAUUCUUUUUUUUUACCUUGGUUGUGCUUACCCCAUCAGCAGCAUACAGCUGUAAUUCAAGGCUUUUGUAACGAUUUAAGAUUAAUGGGAAGCUAGAUAUUGAAUCAGUUGGAUGCUUUGUGUAUUUUUGUUUCUGCUAGUCAGUUUGAUUUUCAUACAAAAUAUAAAU